AUGACGGACCUACUGACGCUGGAGCGCUCAGAGACGUUGACCUACGAGGAGAUCUGCAGCCGCAUCGAGGCGGGGACCCCGCGCGCGCUGUUCGAAUCACGACGGGUGCUCGCGAUCACGCCGGACGCGACCCGCAGCGCACCGCUGCCCGCGCUGGUACGAGCCGUCGACGAGGUCAUCGGCCCACACGCCCGGCAGCUCGACUACAUGGUGGCGUUGGGCACGCACCCGGUCAUGUCGGACGAAGCGAUCCACCGGCUCUACGGCGUGAGCGCCGCCGAGCGCGCCGAUCGCUUCGCCUCCAGCCGUUUCCUCAAUCACCGCUGGGAUACGCCGGGGACGCUGCAACGGAUCGGCUCGUUCACGGAACGGCAGAUCUCCGCGGCCACGGACGGUCGGUUCGCCGAAGCCAUCGACAUCACGAUCAACCGGGCGAUCUUCGACUACGACCUGCUGCUGAUCGUCGGUCCGGUAUUCCCUCAUGAGAUCGUCGGCUUCUCGGGUGGUCACAAGUAUCUGUUUCCCGGCAUCUCCGGCGGCGAGUUCCUGGACUUCUUCCACUGGCUCAGCGCAGUGAUCACCUGCAUGAAGACGAUCGGGCACAAGGACACGCCGGCGCGCCGCGUCAUCGAGCGUGCCGCCGGGCUGGUACCCACCGCCCGUCACCUGAUCGCGAUGGUCGUGCAGCCCGGGCAGGAGCCACCAGAACUCGCCGGGUUGUACGUAGGGGAUCCCGAGCAGGCGUGGAGCGACGCGGCCGACCACUCGGCUCGGGUCCACAUUACCCGCACGCCGCGGCGCUACCAUACCGUCCUCGGCCAUGCCCCCGCGAUGUACGACGAGCUGUGGGUGGGCGGCAAGGUGAUGUACAAGCUGGAGUCGGUGGUUGCCGACGGGGGGCGGCUGAUCAUCUACGGCCCGCAGAUCGACAGGCUCUCAGCCACGUGGGGCACCUACCUGGAACGGGUCGGGUACCACGUCACGGACUAUCUGGUGGCAGAGCGGCACCGCUUCCCCGACGUUCCGCGCGGCGUGCUGGCCCACUCCGCGCUGGUCCGCGGUGUGGGCGAGUACCGCGACGGCGUGGAAACACCCCAGGAUCGAUGUCGAGCUGGCCACCGCCUUGCCGCGCUCCCUGUGCGAGCGCAUCGGGCUCGGGUACCGCGAUCCCGACAGCGUGAGGCUGGACGACUAUAG